AUGUUUAAUGCGCUUAAUCGGUUUAUUUCCCGCCUAGACUCAGAUACAGCGUCACAAAAUUUUACUGAUGGAGUCUAUGGGUUCCAAGUACUCCGAAGCACAGCCUCCAAUCUUGCCAUUGAGCCAUGGUUUGACUUUAUUGUUGAAAUCAACGGACGUCUGAUAGAUAAUCCAGACCCCAAUCUGUUUGUGCAGGAGGUGCAAAAUUGCGCUGGUAAUACAGUGGCUCUUGGCCUAUGGAGUGCAAAGGGCCAACAAAAUCGAACUAUCCGUAUUCCCAUUCCGACAGCGCAAAGCUCACUCGGCUUGACACUGCAGUGGACCUCUAUCAACACCGUCUCGCACAUUUGGCACAUACUUGACGUUCCGGAAAAAUCCCCGGCAGAUCUUGCGGGACUCCUACCCUACGGUGAUUAUAUCAUAGGAGCUCGUGAUAGGAAUUUUCUCGCCGAAAUAAGUCUCGGAGAGCUAGUCGAAGAGCAUAUCGGCCAACCACUCUGUUUAUACGUUUACAACAAUGAAUUUGAUGUGACCCGCGAGGUAACCAUCUAUCCUAGCCGAGAAUGGGGCGGAGAGGGCGCAUUAGGAUGCGUAUUGGGGUAUGGUGCGUUACACAGAUUGCCAGCACCUCUCAAUGAACCUAUGGUUGAGCCAGGAGAGACACUUUUUGAGAUCGAGCACGUUGGGUUUUCCGAUUCUACAAAUCCUACGACCGGAACAACGCAGCCUUACGAGCCAAGUGAAUUAUUAAUCCCAGCGCAAAUAGCAGCUUUUUCUAGUGCUCCGACGCCGGCAAAGAAACGAGAAAAACGACAUGGAAACAUCCAAAAUUCCGCCUUUAUUGAUGAUUACUUCACUGAGGGUGAGAAAAAGAGCAGAGAAAUAGACCAUGCUCCAGCAAGCUUGAAAAAUUUACCACCACCGCCACAGUCCGGAGGCCCCCCUAAGGAAAUCCUAGAAGAGAAACCUUUAUUAGAAACUACUACUGAGAAACUGGCGGCGAAGAUGGACACGUAA